UGGACAGGCUCGAUCUGUGUCGGGGCUUUCCGAUGUUCACAGGCUCCACGGACAGAAUUCAACGCGCACGAGCCAAAGACACGAGUGUGGAGCUCAACAUGGUGCAGCUGACUCCUUCCCCUACCCUGGAUGUCACCCCUCCACCUGAGCACUCAGAGGAGGGGCAGGAGAGAGAGGGCCUGGUGAUGGCUGGUAGCCCAAAGGUGGGCUCGCCCGGUGGUCUGAGCACCCUGCAGCUCAGCCUGGAGGCCUCCACCGCCUACCACGGCUACGAUACCUACAUAGAAGAUGGUCUCAUCUGCCUCAAGCACAAAGUCCGUAACUUGGAGAAGAAAAAGCUCAAACUGGAAGACUACAAGAAGAGGCUGAGCUGGGGCGAGCAGCUGAACAAGGAUCAGAUGGCAGCUGUGGAAAAGUAUGAGGAAGUGCUGCAUCACCUGGCAUUUGCGCAGGAGCUGCACAAAACCCUGGAUUCCUUGACUCAGAAUUUGCUAAGGGCCCAGAGGAAAGCAAUGAAGAAGGAGCAGACGGUGAAGAUGGAGGAGGAGAGGAGGCGUCUGAGCACUGUGCUGCAGGUCCAGCACCUCCUCCACAGGCUGAAGCAGGAAGAUGUCAUGAGAGACCUGCUGGCUGGACACAACCAGGCGCCCCACAUGACAGCCCAACAGCUGCAAAGCCUUAGUGAGCUCGCUGUCCUGUUGGGAGUCGAGAGGGACAAUAGACUGAGUUUAGAGGAGCAGAUGGAGCAGGCAGCUCUGGCCUACUUGGACUUGCUAGAGGGAAAAGACAAACUGGUGGCUGGAUCCACAUUUAAGCUGUUGAAAGAAGAGCUCAACAGGCUGAUGAACUGCAAGUACUUCAGCUGUCUUCCACCUCUACCCAGCAAGGUGUUACAGAGAUCAACCACACACAACAGCCCAUCAAAUUCCAAACCAAAUGAGGUUUCGAAGGAGUUUUUCAACAGACUGUACCGGACUGACAUGGGGCCUCCUUCUACCCAGAACUGGAAGGGGGACUUCCAGACCACGAGGGAGCGGGAGCCUCCUGACUGCUGGGAUAUGGAGCUCUCAGAUGGAUGUGUGUCCCCCAAAGCUGCAGUCCACAAACAAUGGAGAGGAGCUGCCACCUUUAUCCCCAAAGUCCCAGGCGCUGCCAAGAAACAGGCUGCUGACUGCAAACAUAGGAAAGAGAGGAGAGCCAAAGGAGAGCAGCAUACCAAGUCGGCUCUUCAUAUGAAUAUGCCUGUGGAGGUCUUCAACUCUCCAUCUGCCUUACCCAAAGACCCUGUCCUGAGGAAGCAACACCUGGAGGACCUCAUGACCAAGAUCCAUGGCUCCUUCAGUUUUAUGCAGGACUCUAUUCUGGACAGCGAGAUGUCCCCCACUAAUGGCCACCCCAGACUGAAGAGACGGCCAUCUGGAUCUCCAUCUCCUCUGGGUCACACAGACUUAAGAAGCUCAGUUGAUGUCCUGCCCAAACCUAUGCAUUCCACCCCACUUCCUGCCAGGCGUACAGAACGCAAAGGCAGUCUGACGAAUGGGGACCAGUGCCUGGAGACCUGUGACCUGAAGCUUUCCUCUAAGGACCUACCUCAUGAGCUGGUGGAACUAAAGAAGUUUCCUUCACCACCGCUGUACCACAUGGACUCGACCAUCUCAGACAGUCUAGAAGAGAAUAACCAUCCUCGGAGGCCAGUACCUGAGUCUGGAAAGCAGUCCCCCUGUAGUGGGGUGGCAUCUUGCACCUCCACCCCUCCCCAGGGACAGACUUUCUCCACACCCCCCACCAGGCAAACUGUGACAUGUGCACAGUUUCAGAACAUUCAGUCAGUCUUCAAGGUGAAUACCUCGUUACCUCAGAACGGAGAACUGAACUACAAACUAGAUUCUGGAGUUUUUGCUGAAUCCAGGUACAGCACUGCCAGCACCCAGACACCACCUGAGUUUGCUCCUUCAGAGGACGAUCCACAACCAGUGUACCAGUCAGAUCAUACGGUGGGUAACGGCGGACAGAUGUUCCUGUCCCCUGGCCAGUCUGGUGGAAGCGUGGGUCGUCCCGGCCAGUCGUUCUACACCAGAGGAUCUGUGAGAGGAGGAUCCUACAUCCCCGCGAGCCAUCAGAGGGACUCUGGCUCUCUCCCCUAUGCUGCAAGAGACUCUGCAUACCAACACAGCUACAGACGAGGAGGAGGGAGACAUAACUCAGGCGCAGCCUGGAGUGACUCCUCCCCGGUGAGCACCCCGGUGCGGGAGGCAACGUUUACAAUCGUGGACUCAGGUCAUGAGGGCUCCCAGUCGCUCUCCACCCUGGAGGUCCCCCUCACUCCCCACAGCCACCAUCACGCCCUGCUGCCCAUGCAACUCUACCCACUCUCCCAGCCGCUGCGAGUGGCCUUCAACGCCUCUCGCACUGCUAACUUUGCCCCAGGCAACCUGGACCAGCCCAUCGUGUUCGACCAGCUGCACAGCAACCUGGGGGAGAUGUACGACACGCACAUCGGCCGCUUCACCUGCCCUGUCAACGGAACCUACGUCUUCAUCUUCCACAUCCUGAAGCUCGCCAUCAACGUGCCCCUCUAUAUUAACCUCAUGCGAAACGAAGAGGUCAUGGUCUCUGCAUACGCUAACGACGGAGCCCCGGAUCAUGAGACGGCCAGCAACCACGCCAUCCUGCCUCUGUUCCAAGGAGACCAGGUGUGGCUGCGGCUGCAUCGCGGCGCCAUCUACGGCAGCACCUGGAAAUACAGCACCUUCUCCGGCUUCCUGCUGUACCAGGACUGAACUUUGGUUCAACAAAGGGCUCGCGUCUCCCAGUGGGUGGACUGUUUACUUUGUACUCAGUGGUGAUUAAACUGACAUUUCAGUCCUGCGCUCAGGCUGCAUGCCGAUGUUUCACCAUAAAGCCCAACCAUAGCAUAUACGGUGUGUCAAUGGCCAAAUGAUGUGUGCUCACAGCUAGCAUCUACAUCUGAAGUGGGGAUUAGAGUAACCAUUGACAGAAAGCGACUGAUUUCCCUAUCAGUGUGUUGCUGACAGUGGUGCUCCCUGUGUCUGUGAUUCAGCUGCUAACACGUCAUCUUGCUGUACAGGAACCCGUAGCAUAUAUCCUGUUGAGCCCACAGCUCACUUAUUCAGUGACAACUCAAUGCAACCUUCUACAUGUGUGCCUUUGUUUUCUGAAUGGCUUUGGAUGAAUGAUCGGCUGAUUGAUCCGAUGAAUUAGAAUUCAGCACUUGGCUUGUAGCUGGGCUGCUAUGCAUUCAGUCUCACCUAACUGUGCGUGUGAAUGUGAAGCUGAAGAUUGUGUUCUUGGUGGUGGGUAUGGUGUUGAACACUUGAAGCCAAAUUGUUGCACUAAACCGUGGAGAGACGGAGGUGGUCCCCGUAUGUGCCUAAAAUAAAAGAUGA